UGACGUGUUUUCCGUCUCAAGGCCCUACUACACCAGUAGUGGGGAGAGAACCUACUCCAUCAGAGAAGUUUGGGCUGCUAGGUUGUGAAUGGGUGGGUGGGUGAUUACUCUCAUCCUAAACGGAUAUUAGGACUAUCCUUUCAAGUAUCUGACCUAGAUUCGGUCAAAUAGGUCGCAUUGUGAGUGUGCCCUUAGAUAGAUGGCAGCUUUGCCUAUUUGAUCUUUAGUUACGUGACAGCACAGCUCUCCCCUGCGUACAUAUGGCAACGUCGCAGGUCUGUAAAGAAGGUUUGAAUCUAGGAUUGAUUUUGUUAAGGAAGGUUUGUUAGCGCGCGAUGGGCUUAUGAACUGAUUGAUUGGCGGUGGAGUGGUUUCUAUUUUCAGAGAUUUAGGUUGUGUGCUUUGAGCCAUUCUCCCUCCAUCACUUCUCUUGUGCUUGAUCGAUUGUGGUUAUGUGAUUAUCGGUUGGAAUGCGGGAAUGGCUCGCUUUCACUGGAUUCUAUGAUGAUGAUGAUGAUGAUGAUUUUAACUAAUAUGUUCCGUGGGAUUUAUUCUUUGGACCCCCUGGUUGUUGUUAGGUUCUUUCGCCUUCUGAUUUGGCAGCAGAUUGCACUGAUGCCCAUGUAGCUGGUGUCUCUGUUCCCCAAAGCUUCGAAGUCGAAUGCUCUCAUAUCUGACGGAGAGAGAGCAGAAUGAAGAGAGGUUGAAGGGGGGGGGUUGGGGGGGGGGAGGAGAGGGGGAUAGAGGGCAAGGAUUGCGCAAUUUGUCCUUGUCCACGUCUGUUGUUUAUUAGAGCUCGUCCCUCUAGGAAGGUGAGCAUUUAGUUACUCACUUGGUUGUGACGAGCUCCUCGUUUUUUUUUUCCUUUGUUUUUGCCAUUUUUCCUCGAUGUGACGACACCUUCCCCCGCUGUAUUUCCUCAUGGUUAUCGAUAGCCGAGGGCGGAAAGACGGAAGGAUUGUCAACGCUAGACUGAAAGACGGAAGGAUUGUCAACGGUAGACUGAAAGACGGAAGGAUUGUCAACGCUAGACUGGCAGGUAUAUAUGCCCCGCUGUUCCGACAAGAAAGCAAUAGAGGGUUCAGCCUUUGUUAAGCAACAAUCGUUGCAGAGUCCGUUGUUUUAGAGAAUUCUAUGAGACUAUGCAUCAUGUGGGCGAGGGGUUGCCUCGAGCUCUGUCCUGCAUUUGGGAGGAGCAGUAGAAGUUUAGGUUGCUGCUUUUUGCUAAUCGAUGAUUCUUCGUACGAUGGGACUAGUGCGCCGAUUGAUUGAGGGAUAGAUUGAUUUUUUCUGUUGACUGAUUGAUCCAUUGCUACUGGUAGUGCUGCCUACUGCUUGUGCUGCUUAUCGCAGGCAGUCUUCAUUUGCCAGCACAUUGUUCCUUAGAUGAGGACAUAGGUCAGUCCUAUUCCUCAGCAUGUGAUCCGAUUGUUCGAUUGGCCACACGGCGCGACGUGUAAUGUGUAUGCAUCGUAAGGAUGGAGGGAAAAAAUGGGAGGAGGAAAGAGAUGAAAAGGGGCUGGAUAUUCUGCUUGUAGGGAAAGUUUGGGAGGAUGAUGCUCAUAUUUGUAUCUGGAGUGGCAAGGGAGUUAUUGCAGCAAGGAAGGCGAGGAGGAAGGGUGUCGGCAUAAGCAUGAAAGGAUGAUGUAGGGAAUCGGUGGGGUGUCCAACGUGGGGUGUAGGAAGAAGGAUGGGGUUGGAAGCGUGAAAGAGAGACGGAUGGGAAAGGAGAAGUCGAAGGGUGGCAAAAGGCAGGAAGGGGAGAAGGGAGAAGAGGUGGAUGCGAGUUACACCAGCAGAUCUAACUGUCUCCAGCUGUCUUCAUCGGCAUUAUGGGCACUCUCCAGCUGUCUUUAUCGGCAUUAUGGGCACUCUCCAGCUGUCUUUAUCGGCAUUAUGGAUACUGUUGCUUUGGAAAUUCUCAAAGCAGUGCAGAUCUGACGAUGUGAACGUCUGCAACGUCACAUUUAAGUUAAAAAAUAAAAUAAAAAAAUCGAGGAGCGAGUUCACCUGGAAGCAGAGAGUCAGCUUAGGGAGGGAAGGAACUCCUUUGGAGUGGGAAAAAAAAAAUGAAGAAUUGGGUAAAGACAGGAUAAACAACGGGACACCGUUAAGGGCAGGAUAGCAACAAGAGGGGAUCAAGUCGCCUGGUUUCCAAAGAGGAUUGAGCUGUGCUUGAAGAGAGGAGAGGGAGGGGGAGGGGGGCGGGAAGGAAGAGGAAAUGGAAGAAGAAAGGCUAGGCUGCCUGUUUGCAGCAUGAGCUGGUUGGUUUAUAAAGAAUUGCGAAUCCGACCCUUCUUCUCCAUUUGAGCACUCUGUUCGGGGAAGUGUAUGGAUAUGGUGUAACAUGCAUGCCACCAUGUUGAGGGCAAAUUAUGGACGCCGAGGUGUAUGUGGUGCAUGAAGACUCGACUCGAGAAAGCUCCUCGUUGUGCGCUGCCGGCUGUUGUUGAUUGGUUCGAAUUCGGUGCCCGAGAAUAUUGGGGCCGUGAGGAUCGAAUUCAGUGCGGAUGGUGUUCAAUUUGGGUCGUGGAGAAAAUGUGGGUGGCGGAAAUCGAGCAGGGUUAGCUACAUGGGAUAUGCCUGGCGGAAACGAGGAUGGAGUGGGCCUGCUGUAGACUGGGCAGAGGGGUUGACACUGGACAAAAGAGGGAGAUGAGCGUCGGGACGGAGAAGGUCAGCAAAACAGAGCAAAAGAGCUCGUAUUGGACCCCAGGGUAAUCAAUGCUGGCAGGAUCGUACCACACUUUUCUGAUGUGAUGUGAAUCUUGUCUAUGUAAGGGACGCUGGACCGGGUUUCCAGCAGGUGCUGCUUCCCACCAAUAGAUGGAGCCCCCCCUGGGUGCUAGCGGUGUCUGCUCGUACCAGCACCGCUAGCACUGAUGGCAGAACAUGUGAUGUCUGAAGGAAGUGAGAUGGAGGCGGCUGUUGUAGACUCGGGAGCGGGGUUGACAUCUGGACAAGGGAUGGGUAUCGGCAUUGGGAGGGAGAAGGUCAGCGAAACAGAUGGAAAAAGCUCGUCUGGAUGUAUCAAACACAGAUGGAAAAAGCUCGUCUGGAUGUAUCGAGCACUCUGUGGUGCUCGUUGUUGAAGGGGCUUCUGCAGUCGUCGAGACAGUGGAAACUUAGGGUGGGCUGUUUUUAGGGAUUUGAGGAAAUUGCAUCUCAGUGAGAGUGGCUGAGGGGACACAUAUAGGCCAGCACUGAGGGUAGAAGGCUCUGUUGAUGCAGGCACUUGUAAAAUAUUACAGUGAGCCUUUCAUUGCUAGCUAGCCUGACGAGGAAUAAGAGCGCGAGCGAGCAUUUCAUAGAACGUUCCUGAGGGCUCCGGACAACCUGGCGGCUUGGCUGGAGGUCUAGACUGUGUUGAGGUGAAUUCAUGAUGGGCUGGGGUAUAGAAUUUGAUGACGUCAACAUCUGUCUAUGGAAUAUGAUGACAUCAACAUCUGUCUGCCAAAGUGGGCUGUGAAAGAUUUGGGCUGGUUAUGACAUCAACAUUUGUGCACGGAAGUGGGGUGUGAAAGAUUUGAUCACACGGAGAGGAAGAGAAACAGGUGGGGGGGGUGAGGUUUCUGCAGAGCAGAAAGUGGAGGAACAAGUUCUUGAGGUAGAGAGGGGAACUCACAAGGGAAGGAAAGAGUUAUGCUGUGUUUUUUUUUUUUAGUCAGAGAAGGCGAUGACCAGUUGGGAAGGAAGGGAGGAGAGAAGAAGGUGGGUGCCAAAAGAAAGGGAGGAGUUGUCAGUGGAAUUAGAAGGAUGGGAGGGACAUGAGGAGUGUUUUCAAGAGCUCUUUGCUGUGAACCGGCUUGAGUAACUAAUUAAAGGUCAACGAAGGUGUGAUGGUAAUGUAGUUCUCACCAAGCUCGUGGCUUUUGGAAGCGAUUCUGGAGGCUGGCUGAAAGGACAGCAGUUCGACGGGCAUGUGGAAAAGCUGGACGAUACCUUGGAAGCAAUGGCGUCCGUUCGCUGUAGCGGCUGAGGAGCGUUGGGAACGUACCGAGCUCAAUGUGGGGUAGGUAGUGUAGGGGAUCCAUCCAUAGCAGAUUUUAUUUACAAAAAUGGCAAAGCAAAGCAUAUGCUCACAUGUGUCGGAGGCAGAGGCUUUGAAAAAAUUGCUGCCAAGAUUUGUAGACUUUCGACCGGAUGCCAUCUCUCUCUCUUUCGUUGUGCUGUGCACUCUCUUUGGGCACAAAGGCCUGGUACCUGCUUUGCUGUGAUGUUGGUUGGGCUUUUGGCUUUUGCUCAGGGUGCGGGAUAUCUAUGGGCGGAGGGUAUCAUCAAGUAAUCUGCUUGCUGUCAGUAUUAGACCUGAGCAAGCCUUGUCCGGUAAGUAAGAUGUGUGCAUGAGACCGAACAGGAACCUUGGCUGCGGUAUGAGAUAUGGUAGUUCGUGGCAUGUUUUUAAACUGCCCCUCCAUAUUUUGAUAUGACUUGUUAACUGGUGGCAACUGGCUGCCGGAUACUGCUGAAUACGAUAUGAUGAAGUGAUCAGCAGUACCUUGAGAUGGGCGCUGCAUGAAAUGAAAAAGUCCUGAUGAGAGGAGCUGGGCCAAGGCAGGCCUGUUUCUUCUCCUGGCCAGAGCUCGUGCUCCUGAUGAUGGAUAUCAAUGCGAAGGAUAUCCUGCAUUGAGCCGGUAUGUACGAAGCACCUGGCCACAAUGGUGAUCUAUGUUCCGUCUUGGCCUGCGACUAUUGCAAUUUGACAUUGAUGCUGGAUGAUGAGAUAUGAUGAUCCUGCAUUGAAUUCAGCUGGUAUUUUGAAGCACCCGGUCACAGUGCGGAUGUAUGUUCGUCUUCGCCUGCGAUUAUUGCACUUUGUCAUCGAUGGCUUUUCCUUACGUUAGCCUUUCAGAAGAAAAGAUCUUCGGUGAGUUGUAGAUGCCUGGCCGGGGCGUGUUGGGGCAAUGACCUAUGGUUGGUUCUUUCGAAGGGGGGGAGCACGCGGUGCUUGUUAUUUCGAAGGAAAGGAAUAUCGCAAAGUGGAACAUUAACUUCUUUUUUAAUGAAAUUAGAUUGCGAUG